AUGGCCUAUGCAGAUGACAUGGGAGUCCUCGAAGCUGACGAGGAAGACAUUGAUAAAACCGUACAGAUAAACGAUCUCUCUCCCCCCCCCCUCUCCACCCGCCUCUCGCUGCCCCCCCGCCUCUCGCUGCCCCCCCGCCUCUCGCUGCCCCCCCGCCUCUCGCUGCCCCCCCGCCUCUCGCUGCCCCCCCGCCUCUCGCUGCCCCCCCGCCUCUCGCUGCCCCCCCGCCUCUCGCUGCCCCUCCGCCUCUCGCUGCCCCCCCGCCUCUCGCUGCCCCUCCGCCUCUCGCUGCCCCCCCGCCUCUCGCUGCCCCCCCGCCUCUCGCUGCCCCCCCGCCUCUCGCUGCCCCCCCGCCUCUCGCUGCCCCCCCGCCUCUCGCUGCCCCCCCGCCUCUCGCUGCCCCCCCGCCUCUCGCUGCCCCCCCGCCUCUCGCUGCCCCCCCGCCUCUCGCUGCCCCCCCGCCUCUCGCUGCCCCCCCGCCUCUCGCUGCCCCCCCGCCUCUCGCUGCCCCCCCGCCUCUCGCUGCCCCCCCGCCUCUCGCUGCCCCCCCGCCUCUCGCUGCCCCCCCGCCUCUCGCUGCCCCCCCGCCUCUCGCUGCCCCCCCGCCUCUCGCUGCCCCCCCGCCUCUCGCUGCCCCCCCGCCUCUCGCUGCCCCCCCGCCUCUCGCUGCCCCCCCGCCUCUCGCUGCCCCCCCGCCUCUCGCUGCCCCCCCGCCUCUCGCUGCCCCCCCGCCUCUCGCUGCCCCCCCGCCUCUCGCUGCCCCCCCGCCUCUCGCUGCCCCCCCGCCUCUCGCUGCCCCCCCGCCUCUCGCUGCCCCCCCGCCUCUCGCUGCCCCCCCGCCUCUCGCUGCCCCCCCGCCUCUCGCUGCCCCCCCGCCUCUCGCUGCCCCCCCGCCUCUCGCUGCCCCCCCGCCUCUCGCUGCCCCCCCGCCUCUCGCUGCCCCCCCGCCUCUCGCUGCCCCCCCGCCUCUCGCUGCCCCCCCGCCUCUCGCUGCCCCCCCGCCUCUCGCUGCCCCCCCGCCUCUCGCUGCCCCCCCGCCUCUCGCUGCCCCCCCGCCUCUCGCUGCCCCCCCGCCUCUCGCUGCCCCCCCGCCUCUCGCUGCCCCCCCGCCUCUCGCUGCCCCCCCGCCUCUCGCUGCCCCCCCGCCUCUCGCUGCCCCCCCGCCUCUCGCUGCCCCCCCGCCUCUCGCUGCCCCCCCGCCUCUCGCUGCCCCCCCGCCUCUCGCUGCCCCCCCGCCUCUCGCUGCCCCCCCGCCUCUCGCUGCCCCCCCGCCUCUCGCUGCCCCCCCGCCUCUCGCUGCCCCCCCGCCUCUCGCUGCCCCCCGCCUCUCGCUGCCCCCCGCCUCUCGCUGCCCCCCCGCCUCUCGCUGCCCCCCCGCCUCUCGCUGCCCCCCCCGCCUCUCGCUGCCCCCCCGCCUCUCGCUGCCCCCCCGCCUCUCGCUGCCCCCCCGCCUCUCGCUGCCCCCCCGCCUCUCGCUGCCCCCCCGCCUCUCGCUGCCCCCCCGCCUCUCGCUGCCCCCCCGCCUCUCGCUGCCCCCCCGGGGAACUUCACCUGCUCGAGGGAGCAUCAUUGUUGCCUGUGAGGAGUACCACCACAUACCAGCUCGCCUUUCCGUGGUCCUCGUUCGGGAGGAUAGACUCACUGCUGCGCUUCUGCUGUAUUGUUGCUGAGUGUGACUAUUCGUAUGCUCAAGCUGCUGGCUUUUGUCUUUGA